AUGCCUUCCUCAGCCUCCGCGAUAGGACGAGGGCUCCUCUUGCCGGCGGCGGUUGUGGUGGUGGUGCUACUAUUGGAUGCAGUGGCGCCAGCGGCGGGUUGCUAUCCGCGCGUGUUCAGCUUCGGGGACUCGCUGGCGGACACCGGCAACUACCCGUUCGUCUACGGCAACGACUCUGGCGCGGCCGCGCUCCUGCCACCCUACGCCCCUACGGCGAGACCUUCUUCCACCGCGCCACCGGGCGCGCCUCCAAUGGAUGCAUCGUGGUCGACUUCAUCGGCUGCGCUGCGUGGCAGUACUGAUUUGAGAUUUGGGAUUCGCGUGGUCGCAGCGGACACGCUGGGCCUCCCGCUCGGGCCGCUCGUGCGACUGUAUCUCAGCGGACGGAGCGCGGAGGACUUCGCGUGCGGGGCCAACUUCGCCGUGGGCGGCGCCACGGCGCUCAGCCCCGAUGAAAUCGGUGCACGGGGUUUCGACAACAUGGGCAAUCAAGUGGGCCUCGACAUGGAGAUGAAGUGGUUUCGCGACCUGCUCGACCUUCUCUGCCCCGGCAACCUCGCCGGUUGCUCUGAUAUGAUGAACCAAUCUCUCUCUUGGUUGGAGAAAUCGGGGGCAAUGACUACAACUUUCCUCUUCUUUCUGGAGUUCCCUUGGAGAAAAUUCACACCCACUCCGAGUGUUGUUGCGAAAAUUUCUUCUACAAUCAGCGAAUUGAUUCGGCUAGGAGCCAAGAAUCUUGUGGUUCCAGGAAACCUCCCUAUUGGAUGUGUCCCAGACUAUCUGAUGAUAUUCAAGAGUGAUAAGGAAGAGGAUUAUGAACCACAGACAGGUUGUCUUAGGUGGAUGAACGAGUUCUCACAGUACCACAACAAGCUUCUUGUUGAGGAGCUUAAGAAUCUUCGCAAGCUCCAUCCUGGAGUAACCAUCAUCUAUUCGGAUUACUAUGGAGCUGCUAUGGAGAUUUUCCUUUCCCCUGAACAAUAUGGGAUCGAACAUCCCCUAGUGGCUUGCUGUGGUGGAGAAGGACCCUAUGGUGUGUCCCCAACUACAAAAUGUGGAUUCGGAGAAUAUAAGCUGUGCGAUAACCCAGAAAAUACUUUUUUGCUAGCUAAUAGAUUUCGUUACCCACAGACAGCAACUUUGGUCUCAGCUGCAAACAUUUAA